AUGGCGCACACCAUUGCCACCUUCUCCGUCCCCGUCUGGAGGUCCUAUGUCCUCUGCCAGUUCUUCUUCUCGUAUGUGUACAUCUUCCAGCCCGUGCUGAGGAUGCCGGCCGCCGAAGGUGGGGCCAAAGCCUGCUUACCCCAUCUCGCCGUUGUGACUUUAUUAGUAGCAAAUGGCGCCUUCGCCUACCUCAAGCCAGUGUCUGACUCCACCUCGACCCUAGACCUGCUGUUGUCCGUGCUCUACACCGCGCGACUGCUGUCUCCGAGGAGCCCGGACCACUGGUUGUAUGCCGCACUCUUUCCCGUCCUGACCACAAACCAGCAUGAGCAGACGACGAGGAGGAGCGCAGCAUCCCCAAACCUGGACCGCCCCGGUGACUCAAAGGCAAUCCACAGAUUCUCCGUGAAAAUCAACAACACCAUCAUGAUGAUGGAAUUCCUUCUGCUAGGAUUCUCGGAGGUCCGGGAGCUGCAGCAGGUCCAGGCCGCGCUGUUCCUCCUUGUCUUCCUGGCGGUCCUGAUGGGGAAUCUCCUCAUCACCGCUGUCACCGCCCUCGACCAGAGCCUCCACACCCCCAUGUACUUCUUCCUCAGAAACGUGUCCGUCCUCGACCUCUGCCUCAUCUCUGUCACCACCCCGAAAUCCAUCCAUGACACCGUGAUCAAUGGCAGAGCCGUCUCUCUAGGAGGCUGUGUGGCCCAGGUCUUUUUUGUGAUUUCGUUUGCUUUCUCGGAGUUGUCCUUCCUCACGGCCAUGUCCUAUGACCACUACGCAGACAUCUGCCUCCCCUUGCGCUACGAGGUCAUCAUGGACAGAGGAGCCUGUGGGAAGAUGGAGGCCGCCUCCUGGCUCAGCGGGGGCCUAUUCGGGGCGAUGAUCACAGCCGAGACAUUAACACUGAGCUUCAGUGGCUCCAACCUGAUCCAGCAGUUCUUCUGUGACGUCCCUUCCUUACUGAAGAUAUCCUGUUCCGAAACGCACGUCGUCAUCUACGUCGGCGUGGCCACUGAAUUUAUCUUGGCUUUCAUCUCCUUUAUUCUCAUCAUCAUCUCGUACAUGCUCAUCUUCCAGGCGGUGCUAAGGAUUCCGGCCGCCGAGGGCCGGGCCAAAGCCUUCUCCACCUGCCUGCCCCACCUCGUCGUUGUGUCUUUAUUCGUAGUGAACGGAACCUUCGCCUACCUCAAGCCCGUGUCUGACUCCCUCUCGGCCCUGGACCUGCUGGUGUCUGUGUUCUACAAGGUGGUGCCCCCCGCCCUGAACCCCCUUAUCUACAGCCUGAGCAAUCAGGACAUGAAGACCACCCUGAGGAGAAUGAUAGUGGGGAAAUGCCUCUAA